CUUCCGACUUUCCUUCCAGUUGGUGACCGCAUGGGUCUUCUACACGACCGACGCUCACAUGCGCCGCGUCUCAGAUCGCGGCGCAUUGCGAUCUUCGCCCUUCGCUUGUUCUGGGUCAUUUCAACCAUUUGGUGUGAAUUUGGAGUAUUCUUCUACAGUUUAGUGCACUGCAGGUGGCCGGACAAGGUACUACAGUUGCAGUUGACCAGCGCAACGAAACCUACCCGGGUGUUGCUGAUUGCGGAUGCUCAAGUGCCCAAUCCCGCCGUAGCUGGGAGUUCCUGGUUGGGAGAAGACACUGUUACAUCGUACUUGCGCAAGAGUUGGAGCGUCGCCUAUCGUCUUCAUCCUGACAUAGUCAUUUUCCUUGGAGACACGCUUUCUGCCGGACGUUAUGUUAGGAGUAAAGAAGAGUAUGAUUCCUACUACCGCAGGUUCGAAUCAAUAUUCCGACAUGGCAGCGAAACGACCUUCUACUUCAUCCCUGGAAAUACUGAUAUUGGUUUAGGGCAAUCACCGUCGUUCUCCAAGGAUGCUUCGCAGUUCUUCGCCGAGUAUUUUGGGCCGCUGAACCAAGCUAUAACUAUUGCUGGACACAAAUUUGUUCUCAUCGAUGCUCCCAAGCUCGUAGAAGAAGAUUAUCAACGACAUGCCCAUGGCCAAACAUUUGAAGAAUGGACCCCGCUCAGUGGGGGACCUAUCGCUUUCUUGAGAUCUACCGCGAAGACGUUGGCCAACGUCGAGUCUGUCAUUCUGUUGAGUCAUAUUCCACUGUCGCGUCCUGCGAGCAAGUCCUGUGGUCCUUUUCGGGAGAAGGGCUCGAUAAGUGCUGGAGCUGGCCAUGGCUAUCAGAAUAUGCUGGGAAAGCAGACGACGGAGUUUAUGCUGAAGACUCUUCAGCCGUCGGCCAUAUUCAGCGGCGAUAACCGCGACUAUUGUGAGGUAUUGCACACGAUCCCUGGUCUUGACGGCCCAGAUGUAAAGGCUGAAGUCCGGGAGGUCACUGUCAAGUCCUUCUCGCCCUCACGGCACAUCAGAUGGCCCGGGUUUCAGCUGAUCUCCCUGAUUCCCCCAAUCCCGGGGUCUUCGUCUGGUCCUACCAUAGCAGACACGUCGUGCCACCUACCCGACACUGUGGGCAUCUACAAACGUAUAUAUCUCCCAUCUUUGGUGCUCACAGCGAUCGUUCUACUGUAUAUAAAUAUGCCACUCCGGAGUUACCACCGGCGUCUAUCGCCUGUCUCGGGUCGACGGCCGCCUGGUCCAGAGUCCGCAAUAUGGUCCACAUGGUCCCCUCAUCUGCAAAGGUUCCUGAAGAGCCCGACUGAUCCUCUUCCAAUGAACCCAAGCACAACGGACCAUGCCACUUCUCGAUCAGGAACACCUCGGACAUCACCGCUUCUCAGUCCCAUUGCACUGUUUUCGCCUCAGGACGAGAUAGAGGAUUUAAUGAGUCCAACGCACAACACCCGUAAUGACCACGAGGAUAAUCGAGGCAGUUCCUGGGUAACAAAGGAUGAAGGGGAGUACUUGGACAACGUUCCUGUGUUCCUGCCACAACCGCGUUAUUCCCGACUUCGUCGAAAUGGGUGGUGGUCCUGGAGGGCGCCCUUUGGCUCGAGGGGUCGACGGCGGUACAUCACUAUUCGUAUUCCUCAAUGGGGUAAUCGUCUCACUCCUGGCGGUCAGUCGCUUUUAUUUGGGACACCGGAGCUACUGUGGGGAUUUGUCUGUGAUGUUGCUAGUAUCGCAUUGCCUGCUUUGAUAUCCCGACUCAUUUUCGGAUGGAUGUUUUCCUCGGUAUGACAUACUGCUAAGCGAUCUUUUUCUGCCUACUCACAGUUCUACAUUCACUUGUUUUUCUUGUAUGGCCGGACA